CCCAAGGUAUGAUGUCCUAGUGGUCGGAAGGAUGAACGUCCAGUUGAGUUUGGAGAAUGGCGGGGACAUGUCCAUCCAAGAGCAGGAUCUGAUGCACGGCGACAGCCGGGCUUUGCACUCAGCCCUCCAGAGGCCUUCUUUAAUGGCCUCCGUCUUGGAGGGGAGUGAGUACCACCGGGCCGAGCACGCCCUGGCCACCUCUCUGCACCCCGGACUCGGCUUCGGCGGGGACUCCCCCACCGCCAGCGCCGGCAACAGCUACACCACCCUGACCACCCUGCAGCCUCUCCACGAGAAGUUCCACCACCAACACCACCACCACCACCACCACCAAUGCCUGCCGAUGGGCAAUGUCAUCGGCAGCUUCACCCUCAUGCGGGAGGAGAGGGGGCUGGGGACCGGCGGGAACUUCUACAGCCCGUACCACAAGGAGAUCGGGAUGGGGCAGAGCCUGUCCUCCCUGCCCAGCCCCCAGCUGGCCCCCAUGCACAACUACACGGGACACUCCGCCGGCCACUUGGCCAACGAGAAGAUGGUGCUCGGCAACGGCUUCGAGGCCCACUCGACCGCCAUGUUUGGCCGGAUGGACCAGCACUUCCCCCGGGAGAUGUCUCCCUCCCAGAACUCCACCAUGGCUUCCCCCAACGCCAUGGGCCAGGCGGCCUACGGCCACCCCAGGUCGGACAUGAAUGCCCGGCCGAACCCCCCCAUCGCCACCCAGACCACGGUCCUCUCCAGCCAGCUGGAGGAGAUCAACACCAAAGAGGUCGCCCAGCGGAUCAUCGCCGAGCUCAAGCGGUACAGCAUCCCCCAAGCCAUUUUCGCCGAGAGGGUCCUCUGCCGGUCUCAGGGCACCUUGUCGGACCUGCUGAGGAACCCCAAGCCCUGGAGCAAGCUGAAGUCCGGGAGGGAGACCUUCAAGCGGAUGUGGAGGUGGCUACAGGAACCCGAAUUUCAGAGAAUGGCAGCUUUAAGGUUAGAAGCCUGCAAAAGGAAAGAGCAAGAGCAAAGCAAAGCCGACCGAAACCACGUCCCUAAGCGCCACCGGCUGGUCUUCACCGACAUCCAGCGCCGCACCCUGCACGCCAUCUUCCACGAGAACCAGCGCCCUUCCAAAGACCUGCAGAUCACCAUCGCCCAGCAGCUGGGCCUGGAGCUCUCCACCGUCAGCAACUUCUUCAUGAACGCCCGGCGGCGCAGUCUGGACAAGUGGAUGGACGAGGGUCGUUCCCCGUCCUCGGGGGGCCACGCCUCCAGCGCCGCCUCGGCCGUCACUUGCACCAAAGCGUGA